GGUGGUGCGGGAGGCGCGCGACCGGAGCCCUCCCAGUUCACACCGCGCGCGCCCAGUCCGCCGCCGCCGCCGCCGCCGCCGUCGGAGCGUGUUCCCACGGGAAGCGCUCGUCGCCUGCUCCCAUGAUGAACGAGGUGUACAACGCCAUCGGCGGCCAGGGUGCGUACAGUUACGCGCAGUACGAGGAGCGUCCGGGGGACGUCUGGCCUCCUCAGACGCCUGAGGGCCCAUACAGCACCCCGACCUCACUGCCGCAACAGCAGCAGCAGCAGCAACAGCAGCAUCAGCAGCAGCAUCAGCAGCAACAGCCUCCGCCGCCGCCCCACAACAACAACAACAGCUACUACCCGCAGGCGGACGGUAUCCUGACCGAGCUGGGCGCGGGCCUGGCGCAGACGGCGCCCGGUGGCCACCUGCCGCCCGGCUACCCGGACAACCAUCCGGUGGACCUCAGCUCGCCGCGGCCGGAACUCGACUACCGGCGCGACCCGUACAAGCCGGCCGGCCUCAGCCUCAACAUCCAGGAGGAUUGGGGGACUCACGAUGUCAAAUACGGCGGCGCAUACAACCGAUAUCUGAACGGGCCGCUGAUCGCCGGCUCGCUGACGCCGCCGGACAAGUUGGGCGCCGAGCUGGGCCUGCACGCGGCCGGCGCGCACCACGCGCAUCCGCACGCGCAUCUGCCGGCCGCCGGACACUUGAUGGGCCUGCCCGCCUCCAGCCCUCUCUCGAUCAGCACGCUGCCGAGCAUGCAAGCGCCGCCCAGUCCGCUGCCCACGCCCAGUCCGCCCGUGCCCUACCCCAUGGCGAUGAAGGACCAGCGUCUGACGCGUGACGCGAUGAAGCGUUACCUCGAGGAGCACGGCGACCAGGUGAUCGUCAUCCUGCACGCCAAGGUGGCGCAGAAGUCGUACGGCAACGAGAAGCGCUUCUUCUGCCCGCCGCCCUGCAUCUACCUGUACGGCGACGGCUGGCGACGGAAGAGGGAGCAGAUGCUGAAGGAGGGCGACUCGGAGCAGGGCGCCCAGCUCUGCGCCUUCAUCGGCAUCGGCAACUCAGACCAAGACAUGCAGCAGCUCGACCUCAACGGCAAGCACUACUGCGCCGCAAAAACGCUGUUCAUCUCGGACUCGGACAAGCGGAAGCACUUCAUGCUCUCCACCAAGAUGUUUUACGGCAACGGCACGGACAUCGGCGUGUUUCACAGCAAACGAAUCAAAGUCAUAUCCAAGCCCAGCAAGAAGAAGCAGUCACUGAAGAACGCUGAUCUGUGCAUCGCCAGCGGCACCAAGGUGGCGCUCUUCAACCGGCUGCGCUCGCAGACCGUCAGCACGCGCUACCUGCACGUGGAGAACGGCAAUUUCCACGCGUCGUCGACGCAGUGGGGCGCCUUCACCAUCCACCUGCUGGACGAGAGUGAGUCGGAGUCGGAAGAGUUCACCGUACGUGACGGCUAUAUCCACUACGGCGCCACCGUCAAGCUGGUCUGCUCAGUGACGGGCAUGGCCCUGCCGCGCCUCGUCAUCCGCAAGGUGGACAAGCAGAUGGCGCUGCUGGACGCCGAUGACCCCAUCUCGCAGCUGCACAAGGUGGCCUUCUACAUGAAGGACACGGAGCGCAUGUACCUGUGCCUCAGCCAGGAGCGCAUCAUCCAGUUCCAGGCGACGCCGUGCCCGAAGGAGAUGAACAAGGAGAUGAUCAACGACGGCGCGUGUUGGACCAUCAUCUCCACGGACCGGGCCGAGUACACGUUCUACGAGGGCAUGGGUCCGGUGCGGACGCCGGUCACGCCCGUGCCCAUCGUGCACAGUCUGCACCUGAACGGCGGCGGCGACGUGGCCAUGCUGGAGCUGGCCGGCGAGAACUUUGGUCCCAAGCUGAAGGUGUGGUUCGGAGAGGUGGAGGCCGAGACCAUGUUCCGCUGCGGCGAGUCCAUGCUGUGCGUGGUGCCAGACAUCUCGGCCUUCAGGGGCAACUGGCAGUGGGUACGCCAGCCCACCAACGUGCCCGUCUGCCUGGUGCGGAACGACGGCGUCAUCUACGCCACGGGCCUGACGUUCACGUACACGCCGGAGCCGGGGCCGCGGCCGCACAUGUCCGGCGUGCACGAGGUGAUGCGGCCGGGCCUGCCGCCGCCGCCGGCGGCCGCGGCGCCGCGCAUGGCCGCCAUGGACAACAUCAUGCCGUACGAUACGCCGCCCAGCAUGUGA